AAUCAGCAACCAUGAGGUCUCUCGUCUUCCUUGUGCUCCUCGGAGCUGCUUUUGCAGAGGAGGAUAAGAUUGUUGGAGGUUAUGAGUGCAAGGCCAACUCCAAGCCCUGGCAGGUGUCUCUGAACUCCGGUUACCACUUCUGCGGUGGUUCCCUGGUCAACAAGAACUGGGUUGUGUCUGCUGCUCACUGCUACAAGUCCCGUGUGGAGGUGCGUAUGGGCGAGCACAACAUCAGGGUCACUGAGGGAAAUGAGCAGUUCAUCAGCUCCUCCCGCGUCAUCCGCCACCCCAACUACAGCUCUUACAACAUCGACAACGACAUCAUGCUGAUCAAGCUGAGCACGCCCGCCACCCUGAACCAGUAUGUGCAGCCCGUGGCUCUGCCCACCAGCUGUGCUGCCGCUGGCACCAUGUGCACCGUGUCCGGCUGGGGCAACACCAUGAGCUCCGCUGCUGACAGUAACAAGCUUCAGUGCCUGGAGAUCCCCAUCAUCUCUGAUCGCGACUGCAACAACUCCUACCCCGGCAUGAUCACCGACGCCAUGUUCUGCGCUGGAUACCUGGAGGGCGGCAAGGACUCUUGCCAGGGUGACUCUGGUGGCCCCGUGGUGUGCAACGGUGAGCUGCAGGGUGUUGUGUCCUGGGGCUACGGUUGCGCUGAGCGCAACCACCCUGGUGUCUACGCCAAGGUUUGCCUGUUCAACGACUGGCUGGAGCAGACCAUGGCCAGUUAUUAAGCUUUGCCUUGACCUGGACAACCAGCACACUGACAAAUUCAUGACUCACUGGAGAGACUCCCAAAAGAACUGCUGUUAUUCAGUGUCAUUCAGUAUGUGUGCAGUCACACCACCACCUUCUGUGACAGAGAUGUGUGAA